GAGAAAGGCAGCACGUGGGUCGUUUGCUGAGGGGCUGUGUGUGUUUUCGUCUCUACCGAGAACAGCCAGUGUGGAAGGCACGUGGUUCAGGUCGCUGGGCGUGGCUUCUGCCAGUCUCCCGGCCAUCCCGUUAGAAAGAAGAACUCAGAACCACCAGUGGGCAACAAAUUCUAAAGAUGAGAUGUGAAUUGCUGGCUAGCUUCCUUCUGCUUUUCAGCAUUUCCAGCAAAGGCGCAGUCUCCGCGGACAGCGGUAUCAUCUGGGGUACCCUGGGUCACGAUAUCAACUUGACCAUCCCUGUCAUCCAAGUGACUGAGGUUGAUGAAGUGCGAUGGGUAAAGGGGGGCAAUCUGGUCGCACAGUUUAAAAGGGGGACGAAGCCUUUUUCAAAAUCAGAAGCUUUUAAGAUCUUAGCAGAUGGAAGCCUGCACAUCAAACAGCUGAAGAGAGAUGAUAAUGGCACCUAUGAUGUGGAGGUGUAUGAUGUGGACGGGAAGAGUAAGCUGCAAAAAGCGUUCCGCUUGAGCAUUCUGGAGAGGGUCUCAAAGCCAGCGAUCACCUGGGAGUGUAGCAACACAACCCUGACCUGUGAGGUCAAGGAAGGAACAGGCCUUGAACUAAAGCUGUAUCGAGGGAAGAGACUUCUCGCCAGCGGACAUCAGAAGAUCAUAGGCCACAAAUGGACCACCCUGAGUGGGCCGUUCAAGUGCAAUGCGAAAAACAAGGUCAGCGAGGAAUCCGUCACGGCAGUGGUCAGCUGUUCAGGUGUGACCUGGCUUCGGGCAGGGAAGGAGCCUCCCCUGGAAGGAAGCAUCGUGGGGUCGAGGAGGGAGACUCUUGCUGGAGGAAAUCCGACUUGUUCGAGAGAAAGGUCUGCAUUUCUAUCUCAUCGUGGGGGCUGGCGCAGGAGGCCUCCUCUUGGUGAUCCUCGGAGCACUGUCUGUUUUCUGUAUCUGCAAGAGGAAAAAGCAGAACAGGAGGAGAAAAGAAGAAGAGCUGGAGAUAAAAGCCCCCCGAAUGAGCACCGUGGAAAGAGGCCCGAAGCUGUACUCAACCCCAGCCGCAGCAUCUCAGAAUCCAGGAGCUUCCCAAGCUCCUCCUCCACCUGGCCAUCAUCUCCAGACACCUGGCCAUCGUCCCUUGCCUCCAAGCCACCGUACCCGUGAGCACCAGCAGAAGAAGAGACCUCCUCCAUCAAGCACACAGGCUCACCAACAGAAAGGUCCUCCCUUGCCCAGACCUCGAGUUCAAC